CCCUCUCUUCAGCCACAGCGCGUCCAGGAAAACAGAGCCGUCACACGUCACAGGACACUGUUCUCCUGCUGCUGCCCGGACCAGAGACACAACUGACAGGAGACCAGGGGUCUGUUAACUUUCGAGAUGUUGCCUCAACACCUGAAGCAGAUCCGAGUCCUGGUGCUCAACGAGAAGGAGAAUUUAGAGCGGACUCUGUUCAGACUUGAUCAAGGUUUUGAGCUCCACUUCCAACUGGGUCCCAGUCUUCAGGGGAGGACGGUUACGGUGCACACCAACUACCCACCUGCUGGACAGAAGUUUAACCGGAACAACUACCGCGUUUUGCAGUGGAACUACCCAACAGGAAGGGAGGAUGACUCUGAUAAGUUUUGCUCUCUGGACCUCACCACAGCCGGGUCCUAUCAGUACUACUUUACUCGUGGAGACAAAGAGCGGUCAGGAGGUGGAUACUUUGUAGUCAACCCAGUCCUUCUUGUUGGAGCAGAAAACCAUGUCCUCCCAUUAGACUGCAUCUCCAUCCAGACCUACCUGUCCAAAUGUUUGGGACACUUGGAUGACUGGACGGAUAGGUUAAGAGUGUCCAAGGAGACAGGAUACAACAUGGUCCACCUCACGCCCCUGCAGACUCUAGGAGAGUCUAGGUCCUGCUACUCGUUGGCGGACCAGCUGUCCUUUAACCCAGAGUUCAGUCCUGAAGGUCGUAACUACAGCUGGGAAGACGUGGGGGCGCUGGUGGAGAAGUUAAGGAAAGACUGGGGCUUGCUGUGUAUUACCGAUGUAGUGUAUAAUCAUACUGCGGCUAACAGUCUAUGGAUCCGAAAGCAUCCAGAAUGUGGUUACAACUUGGUGAACUCCCCUCACUUGCGUGCAGCCUGGGUGUUGGACAGAGCCAUCUGGCAUUUAACCACCAGAGUAGCAGAUGGACGCUACGCAUCUAAAGGACUUCCUCCUAAUAUUACAAAUGAAGGCCAUCUUAAUGCCAUCCGUAGUGUGCUGUGGAUGGAUGUGUAUCCUGAGAUCAAACUGUGGGAGUUCAACCAGGUCAAAGUGGAGAACACUAUCAAGCAGUUCAGAACCCUGCUGCAGGACGGCGCCAAGCCGGACCAUAGUAAGACUGGAGGGAGGAAGGGCCUGAGGAUCAUCAAGGACCCACAUUACCGUCGUUAUGGCAACACAGUGGACAUGGACUCUGCUCUGGAGACAUUUGUACCUCACAGCGACUCUCCACAGCACAUAGAGGACUGCUGUGGUUGGCUAAGACAGAAGCUGGACGAGCUGAAUGAAGAACAAUACCACAUCAUGCACCAGCACCAGGAACAGGCUGCCAACUGUGUUGUGGGAAAUGUAGUGUAUGAGCGUCUGGCCGACCAUGGCCCCAAACUGGGGCCUGUUACCAGGAAAAACCCUCUGGUUACCAGGUAUUUCACCUUCCCAUUUCCGGAAAUGACUCUGGCGCAGGAGAUGGUGCUGAUGGACCAGCCAGACAAGAGUUGUCACUUCCUGGCUCACAACGGUUGGGUGAUGGGUGAUGAUCCGCUGCGCAACUUUGCUGAACCAGGUUCCAACGUGUACAUACGUAGAGAGCUGAUCUGCUGGGGUGACAGCGUCAAACUUCGCUAUGGCAAGGGACCCGAGGACUGCCCAUACUUGUGGGCCCACAUGCAGAAAUACACCGAAAUCACAGCCAAAUAUUUCCAUGGAGUCAGACUGGACAACUGCCACUCUACACCCUUACAUGUAGCUGAGUACAUGCUGGACGUGGCCAGAACAGUGUGUCCUAACCUGUAUGUGGUGGCUGAACUGUUCACCGGCAGUGAGGAACUGGAUAAUAUCUUCGUUACCGAGCUAGGGAUUACAUCACUGAUAAGAGAGGCCAUGUCGGCUGGUGACAGCCAUGAGGAGGGCCGGUUGGUAUAUCGUUAUGGAGGCGAGCCAGUAGGAGCCCUUGUUCAGCCCAGUCUCCGCCCACUGAUGCCCUGCAUCGCCCACGCCAUGUUCCUUGAUGUAACCCAUGACAACGAGUGUCCCAUACAGCUGCGUUCAGCGCUGGACUCUCUGCCCAGUUCUGCUAUCGUCUCUAUGGCCUGCUGUGCUACUGGCUCCACCAGAGGAUACGAUGAAUUAGUACCACAUCAGAUCUCUGUGGUGAAGGAGGAGCGUUUUUACCCCAAGUGGAACGCUUCUGCAUCCCCCUCCUCCACCGGUGAGGUUGGACCCCACACUGGCAUCGUAGCCGGGAAACGGGCGCUCAACAAGCUGCAUCAGGAACUGGCUGCCCAGGGAUUCAUGCAGGUGUAUGUAGACCAGGUUGAUGCAGAUGUAGUUGCAGUUACUCGUCACUGUCCCAGCACCCACCAGUCUGUGGUGUCAGUGUGUAGGACAGCCUUCUGGAACCCCAAAACCCACCAGUACGGCUCCAACGUCCCACCAAUGUUCAUCCCUGGGAAGAUAGAGGAAGUUGUGUUGGAGGCAAGGACAGUGGAGAGGCAUGCUGGGAGCUACAGGAAGGAUGACAAGCACAUCAACGGCAUGCCAGAAUACACAGUGGAAAUAAAAGAGCAUAUACCGUUACAGGAGAGUACAGUGGUGAGGCACGCUGGGGUGACAUCCAAAGGUCGAUCAGAGUUUGUGCAAGAACUCACCUUUCAGAAAUUGACACCUGGCAGCGUCAUCGCCUUCAGGGUCAGUUUGGACCCCAAGGCUCAGAAGUUGGUUGGGGUGCUGAGGUACUAUCUGUCCCAGUUCAGCCCAAAAUACAAAAGAGGCAGUGUAGUAGAUGAAAACCCACCAGAGGCCCUGCAGAAACCACUGGCACAGCUGAUGUCGACGCUGACACUGGCAGACCUGAAUACCCUGCUGUUUCGCUGCGACUCAGAAGAACAAGAGGAUGGUGGAGGCUGUUACAGUAUCCCAGGAUGGGAGACCUUCAAAUAUGCUGGACUACAAGGUCUUAUAUCUGUGCUGGCUGAUAUUCGUCCCAAUAAUGACCUGGGCCAUCCUGUGUGUGAUAACCUCAGACAAGGAGAUUGGCUGAUAGACUUUGUCUCCAACAGACUGGUUCACAGAGGGGGAUCGCUGGCACAGGUUGGUCAGUGGUUGGCAGCCAUGUUUGACUACCUGAAACACAUCCCGCGCUACCUCAUCCCCUGUUACUUUGAUGCUAUCCUGGUAUCAACCUACACCACGGCUCUGGAUGCAACUUUUAAACUCAUGUCAAGUUUCAUCCAGAAAGGCUCCACCUUUGUGCGACACCUGGCGUUGGGUUCGGUCCAGAUGUGCGGUGUCGGACGCUUCUCCGCCCUGCCUCCCCUUUCCGCCAAAAUACAGGACGUCCCCUAUCGCAUCAGUCCAAUCACAAACCACAAGGAGCAGUGCUGUGUCUCACUGGCUGCAGGUCUCCCUCAUUUCUCUGCUGGAAUUUUCCGUUGCUGGGGCAGAGACACUUUCAUUGCUCUCAGAGGACUGAUGCUGCUUACUGGGAGACACGCUGAAGCCCGUAACAUCAUCCUGGCCUUUGCGGGGACGUUGCGUCACGGUUUGAUCCCCAACCUGCUGGGUGAGGGUCUCUGUGCCAGAUACAACUGUCGUGAUGCUGUGUGGUGGUGGCUGCAGUGCAUCCAGGACUACGCUACCCACGUUCCCCAAGGACAUGAAAUCCUCCGCUGCCCUGUCACACGCAUGUACCCGACAGACGAUUGUGAGCCCUGCAAACCUGGAGAGGUGGAGCAGCCUCUGCAUGACGUAAUUCAGGAGGCUCUGCAGCGCCACCUAGAGGGAAUUUCCUACAGAGAGAGAAACGCUGGACCCAAGAUAGACAUGCACAUGAGAGAUGAAGGGUUCAACGUGGCUGUUAAGGUGGAUCCAGCGACGGGCUUCGUCAGCGGAGGAAACCGCUUCAACUGCGGCACCUGGAUGGACAAAAUGGGAGAAAGUGAUAGAGCAAGGAACAAAGGCAUGCCUGCUACUCCGAGAGAUGGAGCACCGGUGGAGAUAGUUGGUCUCAGUAAGUCGACUGUCCGCUGGGUUGUGGAGCUUCAUGCCAAAGGACUGUUCCCUUACGAUGGAGCUAAAGUACACAGAGAUGGUAAGGAAGUGUUUAUCCCAUACUCCCAGUGGAACAAUCAGCUCCAGAAGUCCUUUGAAGCAGGUUUCUGGGUGUCUGGGGAGCCAAACGACCCCCAUGAGAAGCACCCCGACCUUGUUCAUAAAAAAGGUAUCUAUAAGGACAGCUAUGGAGCCUCCAGCCCCUGGUGCGACUACCAGCUGAGACCCAAUUUCACUAUUGCCAUGGUAGUGGCUCCAGAGCUGUUCACAGUAGAGAGAGCCUGGAAGGCUCUGGAGGUGGCUGAGAAGAAAUUACUGGGACCACUGGGAAUGAAAACACUUGACCCUGAUGACAUGGUGUACUGUGGUGUGUAUGACAACGCGCUGGACAACGACAACUACAACGUGGCAAGAGGCUUCAACUACCACCAAGGACCGGAGUGGCUGUGGCCUGUAGGUUACUUUUUGCGUGCUAAACUGUACUUUGCCAAGAAGCUGGGUGAAGAAACCUACAAGAAGACAGUCACCCUGGUCAAAAAUGUUCUGUCACAACAUUAUACUCACCUGGAGAGGUCUCCAUGGAAGGGUCUGCCAGAGCUGACCAAUGAGAAUGGCCAGUACUGCCCAUUCAGCUGUGAGACCCAGGCCUGGUCUGUGGCUACUGUGCUGGAGGUCCUCUACGACCUCUAGAUGACUUCAACGCGUCUGCCGCCCUGUCCCGCUAAUGUCGUACUUCCUGUUGUAGCUGAGAGAGAAAGAAGCUGAAUUCCAGAGCUGAAGAGGCAGGUAGCUCAGUCUAGACUCCCAAUACACACACUGAACUCUGACAUCAUAUCCUGUCAUCACAAAGGUUCCUGUGCUGCAUUCAUGUCCUGUGGGGAAAAAAACUAAAGUGUUGAAGUGUUUGCAUGAUAAAACAUAUUUAAAGCUGACCCUCAGACUGAAAGUCCAGAGAGUAGUUUGUCUUGUCAGGCCAUUUUAAUACUUGUGACCAUUAAGUAACUGAUUAGUAAUAACUCAGUACUGUUGUUGGUCUCUAUCAUUAAACCCAGAGUUACCUAGUACUACUACUUAGAACUGUAUUUAUCUAGGAACCUCAAGUUUUCCCAUGUGACAUAAAUGCAGCAUUUUUCCAGGUUGAGCCAUUACUUCAAACUUGUAACAACUCCUGAACUGAUGCAGUGUCAGUGUUCUUUUUUAAAAAGUAGAAACCAUCACAGUAUUUGGUUCAGAAUGACAGUUCUUUCCUGUAUUCUGUCCCAAAUCAGAUCAAUUAAAACCACAUUCACUUCAAAAUCUGCAUUCACCAGUCUGACUUUACACUGUACGUUACUUUGAUCACAUUUUAUGCAAUUCACAGAAAGAUACCAGCAAUUGCUGCAUUUUCUCUUGCUCCUAAAACCGGUGCAUUAACAAACCACAAGCUAAACUGUUACAUCAUCGCCACUGAGGCUUAGAACAGUGAUUGUUUUCUUUAGUUUGAAGAUUUACCAGCAUUAUUUCUAAACCAGAGCUCAGCUCAAAUAACUUUUACUUCAUUCAGUUAAGGAAGUGGAAUUGACUAGAUUUUUAAAAACAUUUUGGCACGAGAUAGUUGUAUUCAACAUCUGAAAUAAUAAGAACAUGUAUUAUCUACUUUGAAUGAAUAGAACUGGUUUCAGCCAAGUUGUGAUAUAUAUUAAAUAUCAUAUCACUCACUGUACAUUGAAGCAUGUUGACCUUACAGCCAGUAGUUGAACUAAAAUAUGUCUUUCUUAUCAAACUAAAACAACCUGCCACCGUGUGCAUUAACUGCUUGAAUCCUACCUCCUAACUGUCACAGCUCUGCCCUCACGUCACUCGUGUCUCAACAUAAGAUCAACACACACUUAUGUCAACACACACUCACUUCAUUUAUAUCUGCUGUUAAAGAAACAUCGUUUUUUGCCUUUGUGACUAUAUAGAGAUACAGCUCAACAAACUAACCAACAUUUUGUACAGUGGACACACGUGUAACAACAUACAGGUGACAUCAUCAAGCCUAACUGUUGUCAUAGGAAGUCUACAGUUUUGGUUCAGUUUGGAGCAGCUGUUUACUGGACACUCAUGACACAACUACAUGAUUUUAGAAUAUUUUUAGUUUUGAUGUGUAAAAUUAAAAUCCUGCAAAAAAAAAAAAAAAAAAAAAAA